UCACCUAUGAUAUACCCAUCUAUUUAACUUAACAUGUGGAAUAAAUAAAAUAAAAUAAAAAGACAAAAUAAAAUAAAAAGACAAAAUAAAAAAGUCUAAGGUGAGGAAGGUGCCCUCCCAUUCUCCUCAUUUCCCAUUCUAUAAAUUCAAUCAUUUCCCUCGUUAUAACUCGUUGCCAAGAUCUAACUCAAAGUAACCACUUUUGGCCACCUACCCCACUCUCUCUUCUCCCAACUCUCCGCUUCUCAACCAAUAUUUUCCACCAACUCCCGCUACUACAAGUCUACAACUAACAAAACAAACAUAAAACAUGAUUUCACUCUCUUCUUUUCAUCCUUCCUCCACCACCGCCACCGCCACCGCCGCCGCCGCCACCACCCACCCACCACAACAAUGUCCCGCUUUUUCCUCUCCUCCGUCGCAUCUCUCGCUUCCUUUACGCCACCCUCGCCAACACCUUGUAGUUCGGUGCGGUGGAGGUGGUUCGGCCUCCGAAUCGGUAUUUAACCGUGAUAGUGCUGCUACUCGUGUUUCUAAUGAUCAUCUUGACGUUAGUAAAAGAGAUGUUAAGCUUAAGAUUGCUAUUAUUGGGUUUGGUAACUUUGGCCAGUUUUUGGCUAAGACAAUGGCUAAGCAAGGUCAUAGAGUGUUGGCUUACUCACGCUCCGACUACUCUCGCGCUGCUAAGGAGAUCGGCGUCGAGUAUUUUACUGACGCCGAUGACCUCUGCGAGGAGCACCCUGAGGUUAUUCUGUUGUGCACAUCCAUCCUCUCAACGGAGAAGGUCCUCCGAUCACUCCCCCUCCACCGGCUCCGUCGUUCAACCCUCUUUGCGGAUGUCCUCUCGGUCAAGGAAUUUCCUCGAUCGCUCUUCCUUCAACUACUUCCUAAGGACUUUGAUAUCCUAUGCACCCACCCUAUGUUUGGCCCAGACUCGGGCAAAGACGGGUGGGGUGGACUACCUUUUGUGUUCGAUAAAGUUAGAGUCGGAUCAGAUCAGAGUCGGACGUCUCGUGCUGAGGCAUUCCUAGACGUGUUUAGGAAUGCCGGGUGUAGGAUGGUGGAAAUGAGUUGUGUUGAUCAUGACAAGCAUGCAGCCGGGUCUCAAUUUAUUACACAUAUGAUGGGACGAGUUUUGGAGAAAUUGGCCUUGGAAAAUACACCAAUUAAUACAAAAGGGUACGAAAGUUUGUUAAAUUUGGUGGAUAAUACUGCAAGGGAUAGUUUUGAGUUGUUUUACGGGUUGUUUUUGUACAAUAAAAAUGCAAUGGAGCAAUUGGAUAGAAUGGAUUGGGCUUUCGAGAUGGUAAAAAAGCAACUUUCGGGAUAUUUGCAUGAUCUUGUUAGAAAACAAUUGAUGUUGGAGGGUAAUAAUGAUCAAGCUGAGGUUACUUUUGACAAACCAUUGAUGCUUCCUUCUCCUACUAUUAAUCCUCCACAAAUAGUUCCCUCUGCUGAUAUGGCUGAGAAGAAGCAUGAUUUAGUGGUGGUUAAUGGUACUAGAUAGUGCAUACAAACAAUAAUAACGACGACAACAAUAACAACAACGACAACAACUCAGUGUGUAUUAAGCCGUUGGAAUUAUUUUUUUUAUAAAAUAGGAGGUUUAUAGAUUUUUUUUGGGGGGUAUGGGGGUUGGGGAGAUUGGAUUUCCUAAACCAAUUGCAGCCUUAGUAUCUGCAUUUUUGUUCUAUGGAUAUGGUGAUGUAUUUAUGUAUAAUAUAUGUUACGGUGAAGCUUUUUCAUGAGCUCUUGUGCAACAAAAAAUUCAUGGCGUUGAUAAAUAAUGUACAAAACUAUAAAUCAUGAAAAAUUUGUUGAAUCUUUUCAUUUAUUGAUCAAUAUCUUAAGUACUUUGAACGAGAUCAA